ACACGGCCAUUGAGCAGCCAGGAGCGAACACCAUGGAACGAGCAAGCAGCUCGCAGGACGAUGAGCUCAGCCUUGAGCUUACCCUGGCCGCCGUGGCGCCGGCUCCUGGCACAACGGACGGUUUCUUCCUCUGCGUCCAUUGCAACCGCAAGUUCCGCAGCUCGCAGGCGCUCGGCGGCCACCAAAACGCGCACAAGCAAGAGCGUGCCAUCGCCAAGCACCGGCGAGAGGCUGCCCCGGCCACCACCCGCGCACAGAAAUCAAGGUCAAGCAAGGCGGAGAGGCAUGCUGCUACUUCUACUCGGAUGCCUGAGCCUGCAGACGGCAAGCAGGGCGGGAGCUCGUCCAAGCAUGGCGACGACGAUGACGAGGUGGACUUGUCUCUCCGGCUAUAAGCGACCCCUCCAUCGAUCUUCUAUAU